AUGAACUCUCUCUCCACAAGCACCUUCAAUCCAGUUGCUUUCUGCCUGGGGCUGCUCCUAGCGAUGGCUUCUGCUUUCCCCACCGGGACAUCCCUGGAAGGAGAUUCCAAAGAUGAAGGCACUGAUGCAGACAAAACUGUAAAAUUCAUGACCACCAUCCGCUUCCAAGUCACUGAACUAAGAAAGGAGAUGUGUGACAAAUAUAACAAGUGUGAAAACACUACGGUGGCACUGGCAAGAAACAAUCUGAACCUUCCAGAGAUGACAGACAAAGACAGAUGCUUCCAUUCCGGAUUCAAUCAGGAGACUUGCCUAAUGAAAAUCAUCACUGGUCUUUUGGAGUUUCAAAUAUACCUGGAUUAUGUGCAGAACAAGUUUGAGGGCGAAAAGGGAAACAUCAUAGCUGUGCAGAACACCAUCAAAUCCUUAGUCCAGAACCUGAAGCAAAAGGUAAAGAAUUCAGAAGCAGUAACCACCCCUGACCCAAGCACAAAUGCUGGUCUGCUGUCUAAGCUUCACUUGCAGAGUGGGUGGCUGAAGAACACAACGAUUAACCUCAUCCUGCAAAGCCUGGACGUCUUCAUGCAGUACAGCCUGAGGGCUACUCGGAUGUUACCCGGACAUCUAAAAUCAUUGUAG